AAGCCGGUAUCGAGCAAUAUCCUAUGAAAAGGAAGAGGCAAGUCCUGAAGAUGGGGCACGGAGGCACUCUCGACAGUGCAGCAACAGGUGUUCUUGUGGUUGGCAUUGGAAACGGGACCAAAAUGCUCAGUGCGAUGUUAUCAGGCUCCAAGAAAUAUACAACUGUUGGAGAAUUUGGAAAGGCCACAGACACGCUGGACACUAUAGGCAAGGUGACUGAAGAAAAACCAUAUGAUCACAUAACGAAGGAAGAUCUGGAAAAUGCUCUGGAGAAAUUCAAGGGAAAUAUAAUGCAGGCUCCUCCCCUGUAUUCCGCUCUGAAAAAAGGUGGGCAGCGGCUGUCGUGUUUGGCGAGGAAAGGCGAAGCAGUGGAGGCGAGACCUGCCAGACCUGUGGUGGUUCACAGCCUCUCUGUACAGGACUUCAGCCCUCCUCUCUUCACUCUCGAAAUUGAAUGCGGAGGUGGCUUCUAUGUCCGAAGUUUGGUCAGUGAUCUUGGUAAAGAACUGUCGUCCUGCGCUCACGUGAAGGAGUUGGAGAGAACCAAACAGGGUCCUUUUACAUUGGAAGAACAUGCGCUUCCAGAGGAGAAAUGGACAAUUGACGAAAUAGCCAAAAGUGUUCACGCUAACGCACACUUGCUUCCAGUGGAGGAGCCCGGGUGUAAGAAAUUGAAGGUGGACACUCUCGAAAAUUCUGAGCAACAAACAGAAGCUGGUGUUCGUCAGGAGGCACUUGAUAUGGAAGAAGCAAAGAGUAACGAAAAUAAAAUGCAACCAUUAUUCUGUUAUACCAGUGGCGAAACAGAAUAAUGAUUACGUUUUAUACCAGUGGGGGCCAACCUUUUUGGUCGGCCAACCAAAUCAAUUUUUCUUGAUUGAAUAUUUCUUGAUUCUGUUCUGUGUUGCAGCAUCUGGACCUGGCUGGUCUGCUCUUAAAUUCUCCUUUUACUGUUAAACGAACAUGUUCAUUUGUAAGCGUCCAAGUAAAUUGUUUUUUGUUGCAUUGCCUCAGUUGGGCUAAAAUUCAGAAUAAAAACUUGUUUUACUCGA